AAGCUGAAAAUUUCAUGACUAGUGCAGAACGUAUUCAUGAAUAUGGUCAACUAAUACUAGAAAGCCAUCAAAACAGUAAUAAAAGUGGUGUGCUCAUUCAACCAGCAGAUGAUUGGCCUUCUCGUGGUGUUAUCGAAUUUAAAGACUAUACUUUUUGCUAUCGAUCAGAACUCGAUCCUGUGCUCAAAAAUCUUAAUCUACGAAUUGAAUCCAAGGAAAAGAUUGGAAUUAUUGGUCGGACAGGUGCCGGAAAGUCAUCACUUCUUCAAGCUCUCUUUCGACUGGUCGAUCAGUCAGCAAUCAACGGAACCAUUCUCAUCGACGACAUCGACAUUGGAUGUCUUUCACUACAUUAUCUUCGUUCUCAUCUAAGUAUUAUUCCACAAGUACCAAUACUCUUCUGUGGUACACUUCGAUACAAUAUUGAUCCAUUCGAACAAUUCUCAGAUGAGGAAUGUCUUAGAGCACUUGAAACUGUUCAACUCAAAAACUUGGUGCACAAUCAUCCCGACGGACUCCAUAUGCUGGUCACCGAAUCGGGUACUAAUCUGAGUGCGGGUGAACGUCAAUUGGUUUGUGUAGCUCGAGCCAUUCUGAAGAAAAGCCGCAUAUUACUUAUUGAUGAAGCUACAGCAAAUGUUGAUCAUACAACCGAUAGGAUGAUUCAAGAGGUUAUUGCUGACAAAUUUCAGGAUUGUACCAUAUUGACAAUUGCACAUCGAUUGAAUACAGUAGCCAAUAGUAAUCGUAUUCUUAUGCUGCAACAGGGAGAAGUAGCUUAUUUUGGUGUUCCCAAUAAUAUCGAUCUAUCUCAAAGUGAUAUACAACAUUAA